UCAGUCUCAGCGCGGGGAUCAUCUCCACAGGACGACUGCAACAAAACCUGUAGCGCAAGAAGAACAUUUUAGAAAGGAAAGUAAUUAAUUUGGGAAAAAACAGAAACUAAGCUACAGUUAAUCUCGCUCUGGCCGCGUUGGAGAUUUAACGGCCGUUUCAGCACCUCGAACAGCGACCGCAAUGGCUCCUGUAAGCGCGGAAGGAGGGCAUGUCGAGGUCCCAUUAAGUGUGACUGUUGUCAGCGUCUUUGGUCUUGUCUUCAGUGUUUCUGCCUUUGCCUGGAUUUGCUGCCAGCGCAAGACCAACAAGAGCAGUGCCAAGACCCCACCAUACAAAUUUGUUCACAUGCUCAAGGGUGUGGACAUUUACCCUGAGAGCUUAAAUGGAAAGAAAAAAUUUGCUGAAGAGCAAAAGGCAGAUCCAGCACAGGGAAAGACAAGCCCAAGUCCCAGCAGUGGGCGCCCAGCACUUCACCUAGACCUGGAAAAACGAGACCUAAAUGGCAACUUCACUUUUGUACCACCUGUUGCUCAUCCCAAAGUCCGAAGCUCUCCAGAUUUGGACAUUUCUUCCCCACACCCUGACUUGAGCCAUGGGGGAUACCAGGAAGAUGAAACCUCAGAGAGCAAUGUCUCAAGUCAGACACCCACACCAGCUCUGGACAAGACUGAGGACAAGGACAGUGGUGGUGUAGGCACACUUUCAUUCUCACUUGAGUACAAUUUUGAGAAGAAGGCCUUCAUUGUGCAUAUCAAAGAAGCCCAUGGCCUAUCUGCUACUGAUGAGCAGUCUCUGACCUCUGACCCUUACAUAAAGCUCACUCUGCUUCCUGAAAAAAAGCACAAGGUGAAGACACGGGUACUCAGAAAAACCCUGGAUCCCGCUUUUGAUGAGACCUUCAGCUUUUAUGGCAUUCCAUAUACUCGUAUCUCUCAGCUGGCAUUGCACUUCAUGGUAUUGAGUUUUGACCGGUUUUCCCGCGAUGAGGUAAUCGGAGAAACACUUGUACCAUUGGCCGAUGUCGACCUUGCUGAAGGGAGGGUCCUAAUGAGUCGUGAUAUCAUCAAGAGGAAUGUAAGGAGGAGUGCAGGAAGAGGAGAGCUGCUCCUGUCUCUGUGUUAUCAGUCGACCACCAGCACUCUUACUGUGGUAGUUCUUAAGGCGCGCCACCUGCCCAAGCCAGAUCACAACGGUCCCUCAGACCCCUAUGUGAAAGUGAACCUGUACCAGGGUAAGAAACGUGUAUGCAAGAAGAAGACACAUGUAAAGAAGUGCACGCCAAACCCCGUCUUCAACGAGCUCUUUGUCUUUGACGUGCCGUCAGAGGAGGGUCUGCGGGACACCAGUGUGGAGCUUCUGCUGCUGGAUUCUGAUAGAACGGCACGCACGCCUGUCAUAGGUCGCCUCCUCCUAGGCACGUCCUCCCCAGGCACUGCUGGCGAGCACUGGCGCGAGAUCUGUGAUCAUCCACGGCGGCAGAUUGCCAAGUGGCAUGCGCUGGCUGAAGACUAGCUCAUGACACACAACAAAUGCUCAAGAACUGUCAGAAUGCAAAAGAAAUUAGGUGGGACUUUAGGUGGUUAGGGAAUUUACCCUAGAGUGAUGUCAUCUGUUGGCUAUGUAAUUACGAUGGGGCUUCUUCCGAAGUGAAGGAAGCAACUGUAUCCAGCCAAUCAAUGAUUCCAAAGACAAUCUGCAACACAAAGUGAUGCUUCUGUUCAUACUUCAUAGCUAAUAGCGAAUUGGUCACCACAUUGUGCAGUUCCAAAUGUCAUGUCUAUCUCUGUUUGCUGCUCAAUAUCAAUAUCAAUGUAGGGAAAAACAGUGAAAAUGGAAACAUACAGUAAAACAGUUACUCUCAAUAUAUAUAUGUACAUAUAUGUGGAUGAACCAUAUAUUUUGUAAAGGCCUUUUAUUUUAUCAAAUUGCAUUCUCUUUUAAAAGAUUUAUUCUCUUUUUUGUACUCCAUUAAGUGUUUUUGGUUCAGGGUAUUUUGCCUGUGUUUUUGUAAGUUGAAGUGGCCGGUCAUAUCUCAUAUUUCAGCUAUGUGGCGGUUGCCUAAAUUAGGCCAACUUUUAUGAACGAUUGACUGCAUGAACUACAGAUACCUGUUUGUAUGUAUGGGACCCUUCUGCCUAUUUGUGUGUGAGAUUAUGUAUGAGAGUGUGCAUUUAUGUGUAUUUGAUUCUGUUUGGAGAGAGCUAUCUUUACAAGGAGCACAAUGGCAGAAUGUAAUGUACAUGUACAUUAAUAUAAAAUGUCAAGUUCAGAGAAAGACACUGUGCCUCCGAAUUAUUUCAUUCCCAAAGUUAGCUGUUAAGCAGGUAGCUGGAGUAAUUGUUUUGAUUUAAAUUCAAACAUAACCAACCUUUUACUGCCAAAACCCAUCCAUGCACUGCCUAGGCUAGCAAUUAGUACAAUGCUGGUGCAAGAAAGGAAGCUUACUGUAUUCAGAGCCAACAUGAUCAAGAGGUGAGUAGACAUGGCUUCAUGAUUGGUUACUUGUCAGUAGUUGACAUAUCUUUUCUCCUGUUUAUAGAAACUGG